GCGGCACUUAAUUUGUCGGGACUCAGCGUAGAUCUAGCUAGACGGGCAUGCAGUAAAAUCUAUUUUAGUCUGUCGGCUGCCGAGGAAGUGGUUAAGACAAAAUACACGAGAUCUAGACCUACCUAUGUUCGACGAAAAGGAGAGCAUAAGCGGCACGCAGCAGCUCAAGUCUUCUGUCCAGAAAGGCAUCAGGGCUCGCCUGCUGGAGUUGUAUCCGCACCUCGAGCAAUACAUCGACCAGGUGCUGCCCAAGAAGGACACCUUCAGGAUUGUCAAAUGCCACGACCACAUCGAGAUAAUGGUGAACAGCGCCGGCGAGCUGCUCUUCUUCAGGCACCGCGAGGGACCCUGGAUGCCGACCUUGAGACUGCUGCAUAAAUACCCAGUCUUCCUACCAAUGCAGCAAGUCGACAAAGGCGCCAUCCGCUUCGUCCUAUCCGGCGCAAACAUCAUGUGCCCCGGCCUAACUUCGCCCGGCGCCCGAAUGUCGCCUGUCGAAAAAGGGCAGGUUGUCGCUGUAAUGGCUGAGGGGAAGCAACACGCAUUGGCUAUUGGGAUGACUUCUCUUUCUACUGAUGAUAUAGCCAAGGUGAACAAGGGCGUGGGCAUAGAAAACUGCCACUACCUCAACGACGGCCUCUGGCAAAUGAAACCUGUGAAGUAGAUCGUGCGCACAAAAUCAUCAGUACUGUAUCUAAUAUCGUUUUAAGUUUUUUAAUAAAUACUUCUUAGCUUA